CGAAAGGACAUCGGUCAUUUACUGUUGAACAAAGAAAGGCUGCUCACGACGUACACCUGUCUGAACCAAGAGGGCCUGAUGGCAGUGGCUCAGGUGAGGCACUCAGACAUGAAACAUCAAAAGAAGCAGGUUAAUCAAUAGAAAAGAAGUCCAUAUUCCCUCCUCACUUUUUGUCCCAGAGUAAGGAGAAAACCUGUCAAAAUGUUUUAAUAAGGCAACACAGGCAAACACAGUUAUAGAUGUCAGAACAUUACACUUCCAGACAUUCUUUUGCAAGGGACCUUCUAACAUGCAAAUCUAAAGGGCAACAUUUCACACUAGAGCUGCUACUACCUGCUGCUGUAUAGUUAUAUAAGUCAACCUGUGGGUUUUACUGAGAGACCGCUUUAUUUAUAUUGUUUUGUCUUUUUCUCAUUCUGUUAAUGGACAAAUCUCACCAUCAUUAAAAUACUUACAGCAUACUUCAACAGACUGAAACCAUUCUAUGUCUAAUGAUAAAUAUCUACUGAUUUAUUUCCAACUGGCAUACAUUUAUUAAAUUUUGCACUGUUUCAAUGUUUAGUCAUACAUAGUGGCCAAUGCAGCCACUUUUCAAAUAAAUUUAAGACUCAUACUUAGCAGUUUCAUACACUGUGUUAUUUAAUCUUCACUCAAAUAAAUCACUCAUGUCAUCAACAACUGCAGUAGGACAAACGUUCAACAGGUGGCACCAUUCAGCAAUUUAGGUUUGUCAGAAAAGACCAGUAAGCAACUCUGCCACUGACAAAAGCUCCAAGACAGAGCCGUUUCUAAUCUCAUACAGCUGAAAUGAAAAACAAAAGAAACAAUGAGACCUAUUUGGAAUCUGGAGUGAUGUUUAUGUGGCAGAGAGGCAACUUCUUCCAUGCAAAUAUCAGCUUCAGCAGCCUUUCAACACUGCACAUUCUGCUUUGCCUGUGUGUCUUGCCCUGACUUGAUUUACACAGCAGCAAAGUUGUACAAUCCUCUCCCUGGAAAGUACGGAGAAUUUAUCACAUCUUUUGAUUCAUAUGGAGAAAAGCAUGUUAUGUUGCACUGAGUUGGAGAGAAAUCUCUUCCAAUAAUUGUAUUAAAACAUGAAAUUAAAGGCGGUGCAGGUGCCUUCACGGAGCACAUUGAGGUGGAAUGAAGAUAUAAAAGCUGGGAGAGUCAGAAAUAGAGUCUCAGAACAAAGAUUGCAAUUCAUGUCCUGUCUGUUAGCUUUUUACAAUUAGCCAACACUUACCACACCUGUUGGGGAUUAGGAAGUAUUGCAUCGCUGAUGAAUGUAAAGGUUUAGAUAACAAGGCCAGAGGUCUCAGACUGUUAUUUCUUUGGCGUAAUUUCACACAUGGAUGAUGAGCUCAAGACUUUUAUGUAACAGACUAUGUCAACAUAUUGGCUCAGUGCUGAGAAGGGUUUUCUCUGGGUCAUGCAGACAACUGUACUGUAUUGACCUGGAAUGGCCUCAGAGUACCCAAAUACCCCUAAAAGAUUUGGAUCAAUAUGUGCAGGGGUCAAAUAACUGAGUCAUGAUGUUAGACCUAAGUCCGAGUCAUGACAAAUGAUGAUGGUGAUGACAAAUUUAAUUUCCAGAAAAUCUCCUUACAGAAAUAGUUUGAGUCUGAAAUUGACUUUAAACACAAGGAGUUUAAGCUUUUUAGCUCAGUUUGUGAUUUUGAUUGGUUUUUCAGGUUGUUCAAGAUGCUUCAAAGGUGGGCCUGAGUUUGAAAGGCAACAACACAACGGACGGCUUCUGGAAAUUCACCAGCUCAGCUGUGUUUGCUGCCACUGUGGUCACAACUAUAGUUUUGCAGGUUAUGGGAACAUGAGUCCCAGCUCUACAGCUGGACAGAUCUUCUGUGUGUUCUUCGCACUAUUUGGCAUCCCACUCAACAUGGUAGUGCUCAACAGGGUGGGCAAAUACAUGCUUGCUAUAGAGAGGAACAUCUCUGACUUCCUACAUGGGAAGACUGGACGAAGGCGGUGUACCCGCUUCUUCGUCCAUCUGGUGUCUUACCUGACUGGAGUAGUUCUCUUCUUCAUUGCGCCCAUGAUUGUAUUCCAAAUGCAUGAGGGCUGGACCUACUCUCAGACCAUCUACUACUGCUUCAUCACCCUCAGCACCAUUGGCUUUGGAGACUUUGUGGCAGACAGCAAUCCAGACAGAGUAUACCCAGAGUGGUACAGCGUCCUCAUGGCCUCCUGGAUCUUCUUCGGGCUGGCCUGGCUGGCCCUCAUUAUCAACCACUCCAUCGACAUCCUGGAGCGGCUCAACACCCACUUCAAACUGCGGUGGAGUAGACAAAAGGAGGAGGAAAAGCCUGGCAGUGCAGAGUCUGACAACCCUGAAACACAGGUGGAGGAGGAUGAGAUAAAGAAGCCCCCAAUAACUCAGUAAACUACAAAAUAAGCCAAAGAUUGACCUAGUUAUAGAUGUUAUCUGUCUGUAGAGCGGGACCUGUAAAACAGGCGUAAAUGAUGGAAUAUGGCAAAGCCAUGGCGAGAUGUGUGCACGUGUGUGUGUAAUAAGACUGUAAAUGUUGAGAGGCUGUGAUGAUUUAAUGUUUCCAAGCAAUGGUUUGUGAUUUUAAUCCCUCUCUCCUUGCAUGUCACUAAAAAUAUUGACUCGUUUUUGUUGAGUCAUGUUUGUUUGACAGUGUGCAAUAUCCACAUGCUGUUUAGUAGAUUUCCCAAACUGUAAACAAGUGACUUCAUUCCAGUACUUGUUAUUCUACCUGGUAAAAGAAGGCCUUUGAGAUUAAAAUCUAGAGAGGGAUGCUGGGUCAACACUUACUUUGCCCCAUGUAUCAUGUAUCUGUCCAUGGGUUAGUGAGCGGUCAAUGGAAAAUUUCUGUCUGUCAGUCUGUCAGUCGCUCUUUGACCUCUGAGUGUUGUUACCUGACCACAAAUCAAGUCAUUCACCAACUCAGUGGCAUUUUGCAACUGACCGUCUGAGCAGCAAAAUGACACAUACAUCAGGUGUUUUUGAAUUACUGUUGAUAUCUGUACUCAAAACCACAGUAAAUAAAAAAUACAUGUAAAUAAUGUGAAUUAUUUUGCAUUAUAUACAUACUUAAAUGACACUUUGCAUUGCCACCAUACAGAGCAUUGUUAAGGCUUUUAUUGAUUAUCAACAAUCAAUCAACUUUCUUUCUAGUCAAUAUUUCAUUUUGCUUUGAAGUUUAUGUAAUUAAGAAAUGCUCAAUUUCUGUGUGGAUCUUGAAUAUCUCCUGUACAUCCAUGUAAAUGUAAUUAGUUUACGUUUUUCACUUCACAUUUAUGUCCUACAUUAUGAAGAGUUUCUAGUAGCACUUGUACCACUUAUCAAUGCUGAAAUUAGCCCUGCAUCCACUAGAUGGUGUAACUGCACUACAAAAAUGAACCAAACCAAACUCAAAGCAGCAAAUACAAGCUGUAUACUCAAUAUUGUUGUGAUUAUAUAAAAUUAUUAUAUACAUUGAACACAGUCCUUGCAGUCAAUGUAAUUCCUACUCUUCGGAGAACAAUAUUAUGUCCAAUUCAAAUUGCAAUGUGUGAAAAUACAAACAAACUCAAAGCCAAUCUUUUGCUUUAAUGCAAUGUCUGUCCGAUGUCAUUUCUUGUACUUUUUGCAUGUUUAAAUAAAUGUGUACAGUAAUAA